CCCUUUACAUCGAUCUACUCAAUACACCUUCAACAGUACUAACCAUGACUACCUAUCUUAUGUUACUACUUCUGCUGGCUCUUUCAGUAGCGUCACUCAUAAAGCCCAGUUUUGCCACGUUUUUGAGCAUCAACUGUGGAGGAUCCAACUCUUUCGUCGAUGCAAAUUCAAUCCAAUGGACCGGAGACGCUGAUUAUGUCCAUAAUGGUGUGUCCCAAGUGGUCGAUGCCUACUACACCGCCGGCCCGGUAAUGGGCACCCUCAGAGUGUUUCCGACGUUGAAGAAAAACUGCUAUACCAUCAAUAAUUUGAACAAUGGGGACCGAGUUCUGGUGCGUGCAAGCUUCUUCUAUGGAAACUAUGAUGGAAAACACAUUUCUCCCACCUUUGACCUAAUGUUAGAUGGCAACAUGUGGGGAAAGGUGAACCUGUCGAUCUAUUCAGAAGAUACGAUCCUUUAUAGGGAGUAUGUUUAUGAUGUGAAUGGAAAUUCUACCUCCUUAUGCCUUGCUCAAACGCUGCCUGACCAGUUCCCCCUCAUAUCUGCCCUCGAGCUGCGCACCUUGGAUUCCAACAUGUACAGGCAUGCUGGUUCCAAUCAUGUUUUGAGUUUGGCAGCUAGAUUUGCUAUGGGUUCACUCGUAGAUUUGAGGUAUCCUGUUGAUCCAUAUGAUCGACUAUGGUUUUCUUGGGGGGGAGCUGGGGCACAAGAGGUGAUCGUCAACAAUACUGCUACUUCCAUUGUUCUCACCACCGCCGAAGAUCAUCCUCCAAACGCCGCCGUGCAAACUGCCAUCGAAGCUACAACCACCGGGUGGAGUCCUGCUCUGUAUACCAAUCUUCGAGGAGAAUACAGCGUCUAUAUAAACCUCUACUUCUCCGAAGUGAUUCCGUUAAACACAACACAGAAAAGAUCCAUUCAACUUUACAUGGACAACAAGCCUUUAUUAAACCCCAUUAUUCCACCUUUUGGAAGCGUAUUGGAGGUUUACCUUGCCAACAUUACUGCUUCUCCCAACAAUACCUUCACUCUUGUGGCUACUUCUGAUUCCACGCUUCCUACUCUCCUCAAUGCUUAUGAAGUUUUCAAAGUCACUGAUUACCUGCCUUACCGAACCAACAGCAAAGACGUGAUAGGUUUAGCGGCACUGCAAAAGGCGUUCGACGUAUUAAUAAAAUGGACCGGCGACCCAUGUCUUCCUUCACCGUACUGGUGGGAAUGGAUCGAAUGCACCAAUACUAGUAUCAUGCCUCGAGUAACAGCACUGAAACUCGGUGGCUUUGGUCUGUCCGGUUCACUUCCUGACUUCAGUACCAUGGAUGCUCUUCAAACAAUUGAAUUGCAGAAUAACAGCUUUGAUGGACCUAUUCCUGAAUUUUUUGGCUCCUUUCCAAAUCUAAAACUAUUGAACUUGGCAAACAAUAGAUUCAACGGAUCCAUCCCCAAGUCCAUAUCGAAGAAAAAGAAAUUGAAAUUAGUGGUAAAAGGCAAUUGUCUCGAUGGAAUUGUGUGUGCAUUAGCAGUUGAAACUCCACCGCCAAUGAUGAUGACUCCACCGCCAAUGAUGAUGACUCCACCGCAACCGAACGCCCCUUCGCUGCCGCCAACAUCUGGGACUGCACCACCACCAGAUCUAUCAAACACCCCACCACCACCGAACCGAGCUUUAACGCCCUCUCCCAAUGGUAGCAAGAAGAUUGUUGAGGAGCUCCCAAUCAUACUGGAAGCCACAAUUCAAAUAUUCCUACUAUCUUUGCUCUUCACCUACGUUUAGGAGUUUUGGCACAUGCAUGGGAGCACAAAGUACGGACGGGGGUUUGUUUUUGUUUUAAGACUGGUUGUGUUGUCUUUGGUCUCUACAUUUUUUGGUGUUCGAGUGGUUGCGAUGCGACUCAUUUCCAAUUGUGUUUAGAAUUGGUGUUUAGAUUUUCCAUGUAUAAGUGUAUCCAUGCAUAAAUUGUGAUUUUUUUCUGAGUAUUUUUUUGGAUGAAUGAGAAUAGAAUAAAUAAACAGGACAAAAUAUACAUGCA